AAGCUAAUCAGCAAGUGAUAAGCUGAUCGUCGGCGCAUUUCCAAGCAAGUGAAAACAGUGCUACUGAAACCCUUGGAACGCGAUGCGAUCUGUACUGCCGACUGUGGGACUGCUGCUCCUGGUUCUGUUGCUCGGCUCCGUGUGCAUUGAAUCCGGCAGGGUGAUAUAUUUCAAUCCGCUGAAUACUACGCAGGCCCAGGAGGCGGCCAAAAAUAGCACCGAUGAACUGGGCAAGGGAAUGCUCCUCGAUGUGCGGGGAAAUCGCUGCCAACGUGGGUUCGUUCGCGAUCAUCAUGGGCGUUGCAGAAGGCGUGUCUAAAAUUGGACUGCCCCACUAAGCAAAGUUAAAUUGAAAUGCGUGCUUAUUUUGAAGUCUGUUCGCCGCCAGAGAUUAAGACUGUCUACCGAUCUUGUAAAAACGAUAGGCAGAUAACAGCAAUUUAAGCGAAUAUUACUUGUUUCUGCUUGGCAACAGCAUUUCAAGAUACGAUUCUUAUUCAUAUUAGUAAAGCUAUUUUCUAAAAUGUACGAAUAAUACGCCAAGUAACCAUUAGGUCCAUAUUUAUUCCUUUACUUUAAAUAUAAAUCUGAAGAUACAAAAUA